AUGCAUCUGGGUACGUCGCAGAGGAGCUCAAGAAGAUCGUGUGAGCAGUGCCUGCAGUCUCGAAGCGAAGACAGGGUGGUUGGGGUUGCAAGGGUGUUUAGGCAGACGACUGAGGCAUGCACAGCAUUGGGCAGAGCUUGGCCGCAGAUUUUGGCCCAAGAGAGGGAGAAGGGAGAGGCGCCCCCAGGGGGCCCCUCGGCCAAACCCUCGAGGAGAGGGCCCGGAAUCCUUGGGAGCAUCAUGGGGGAUGCGGGCAGAAUGGAGUUGGAGUGCACCAUGGACGAGCAGGAUGUCGUGGUACUGGACACAGGGUCCGGCUUUCUGAAAGUUGGCUUCUCCGGUGAAGAUGCACCGCGAGCAGUGCUCCCAACUGCAAUGGCGACUGCCACGGCCGAUGAGUCCAGGGAAGACGAGGCGGCAGUAACGGGAGAUUCUGCAGCACAGAAAAAGAGUCAAGUCUUCUAUGGUGAGGAGGCCAUUCUGCAGGAAAACGCGCAAAUCACGCGUCCAGUGCAGCGUGGCGAGAUCCAGCUCACACAGCCGGAGAAGGAAGCAAUGGAGAACCUCCUCGAGCACGUGUUCAGAAAUGUGCUGGGCGUUGAGCAAGAGGACUUGCCAUGCCUCAUUGCAGACACCAUGCCUCUUGGUCAGAGUUCCUACGCAACACGCCAGUGGAUAGCGGAGGUGAUGUUCGAGAAGAUCAAGGUAAAGUCCUUGGCCAUCUUCAACACGGCAGCCCUCAGCUUGUUCUCCACGGGCCGCACCAGAGGACUGGUUUUGGAGAGCGGUGAGGGCAUCACCCAGGCUGUUCCGGUUUUCGAGGGGUACGCGAUACCUCACGCGAUCUUCAAGAUGAAGGUCGCUGGGCACGACAUUACGCAACGCCUCCAGAGUAUGAUGGCUGAAGAGCUUGGGACAAAGCAGAGCCAUCACACGAUGCAGGCCAUGAAGGAGAAAGUCUGCUUCGUCGCACCCUCUGGCAGUGGUGGCGUCCCGGCCGACGCGCCCGACAGCGGGGACGAGGAAGCGAGGUCUUUCGAAUUGCCGGACGGGCAGAUCAUCCAGGUCAAGGAGAAGAUCCGGACCGGGGCCACGGAGAUCCUCUUUGGCGGUGAUGGGGAGGCAUCCAUGCAGAAGAUCUGCCUGGAUGCCAUCAACACAGUGGACCUGGAUUUCCGACAGGACCUGGUGAAGAGCGUGGUGGUCGCAGGCGGCACUUCGAUGCUUUUGAACUUGGCGCCAAGGUUGAGAUCGGAGCUCAAGAGCACGCUGGCAUCGGAGCUGUCCAAGACAGUGGAGGUCAUCAGUGACUCUCAACGCCGCUUCGCUGCCUGGAUCGGCGGCUCCAUGUUUGCGUCGCUCUCCACCUUCGACCAGGUGGCCAUCACCAAGCAGGAGUACGAAGAGGGGAAGUCCGACGUGCGCAACCUCGUGGCACGGUGCAUCGGAGUCUCACCCACGGUCUACGGCUGCGCGGCUCUCGGUCUCGGCCUGUCGGGAAGUUGCUGGUGGUUGGCAGUCCAGGUCGGGCUGAAAAUGGCGCCUGACUGCAGACGGUUUCACUCGGGAUGGAGGAGAACGAUCAGAAGGGGUUUGGGAAAGGAUAGGAAUCAGGUUUUGCAGAGUACCAGAGCCACUGCCAAGCUGCUUUGGCUCGCAGGCUGUGGAACUUCCUUGCCGUUUCCCUUAACAUACUGA